AUAUAUAACACUGUUAAGCCCCUUGACCCUGGACACGUUGAACAAGCCCUGAGGCACUUUCAGAGGAAGAUCCCCAAUUUCCGGUGCUUCUUCAAGGAACGUGACGGGAAGCUGUGGGUGCGUGAGGACCCGAAUCCUGACAUUGAUUUUGAGUAUCUGGAGGGAGUCGAGAGCAUUGACAUUAUAAAUGAACACAUAAACAAGCCUUUCUUUAGCGAUCGCACGCCCACUUGGAGAGUGAGGCUCAUCCCUGUGCCCUCCGACGCCCCUUGCCCCAUGCCCGAAAUAAAGGCAGCUUUCCCCUACCAGUAUGACCUCGGCGUGAUGUCCCACCACUCAUUCAUGGACGGGGUCAGCCUAGCCAUUGUCACCGGCAAACUUGUAGGACUGUUGAACGAUGUUAUAGCCGGGAGACCCGUAAACGACGAGCCCUUUGGGGUCUACGUGAACAACGAGGAAAUUGUCAAGAUCGAUGAACAGAUUGCGAAGGACUUCGAGAAGGAACCCGAGAAGCUGGAGUUAACAAAGCAAGAGAUUCUGGCAUGUGACUCUGCGCCCCUCCUGCUGAAGGCUUUCCCGCCACCUGGAGGAACACCGGCAACCAGUUUUGUUUAUCAGAUUAUCAAGCAGAAAGACUUAGCUUCCUUCAUGUCAAAGUGCAGAGCCAAUGGCGUUACGUUCAACAGCGGACUGGAGGCUGUGAUUAAUACCGUCACUGUUGAGAUGGCGAGGGAGGCGGGAGUGGAGGGGGAGUCUCACCACAUGAGCAUCAAUCUAGCGACGGAUCUGAGACGCUACAUGAAGCGCCGUUCCCUCCCGAUCCUUGGCUUGCACUUGCGCCCCACUGUGCACAGGAUGGAGACGCCUUUCGACGUCAGGGACAACUUCUGGGACUACACCAGGAAGCUCCACCAGAGGCUCUCAGUUCUCCUAAAGUCCGGCGAGGCCCUUCAGCAGAACGUGGUGAGGGAGAUGACCCUGCCGCAGCUCUCCCCGGUGGAACACCACGCAGCAGGACCCAAACCCCUGCGUGACUACGGCCUCACUAACGUCGGGGAUCUCACGGCCAUCAUUCCAGGCGUCGGGGAGCACCUCCAGCAGACAAACGUCUUCAUGUUCAACUGCACGCACUACUCUGGCUUCCCGAUGCUUCACCAGAUCUACACCUUCAGAGGACAUAUGCCCUACACAAUUGGCUACGACGCGUCCUACUUGGCAAAGGAGACUGUUGAAGCACUCAUGGACAGGAUUUUGACCCUUAUGCACGAACUAGGGACAUCGCCCUAGAAUGCUAAAAUAAGACAGGGUUCAGAAGCAGAGACCAGACUGGAAUCCUCAUGUGUAUAACAUCUUUCCUCCACUUUUUUCCUAGAUAAUGGUUCUUGAUUACUGUAAGAACACGACAAAAUUACUUUCAUAUAUUUAGAUGCUAUGCUGUAACAAAAAUUAUGAACAAAAGAUAAAUUUUAAAAAAUGUCAACACUCUAGAGAAACUAUUUAAAAGGAUAAUCUUUACUUGUCAGAACAUGAAUAGGUCUUUCAAACUGCGAGUUUUGAAUGAAAAUAACAAAGGUGAUGUUUCUUGUUAUGCCCAUCCCCGGAAUGGCCUUGGUGCAGUCUUAAGUAGUCAGUAUUUAUCCUCUAAGAGGUUUAUAAAGCUAUUUAUAUAUUCCAGUUCAUACUUUUGGUCGGCACGGAUGUGGUUACAACUAUAAUAAUUUUUAUUUGCCAUGUUAGGGGUUUGUUUACUAUUGUGACGUCAUGAAACAGCAAAGCUUCGAAACCCAUUCAAGGUAUCUGACCAAGAAGUUCCAUCGAGAACCAAAAGGAACAAGAAAUUUCAAAAUUCUUCAAGAAAUCAUGAAAUGUCUUGCCGUCAAAAAAUGCGCCUAUAGAGUCUAGUCUUUCUGACAGGGUUUAUUUGAAUCAGGAAUUAUAGUCUCAUUUUCUGAUAGGUUAAAUAUAAAUCCUGUAAGUCAAAUUACAAAACUUAAUAUGAAUUUAUCUGAUUCUGGUCUACUUACGUCUAAGUUGUUCAUAAUGAUUACUUUGUAUUAUCUGUAUCCACCAGUAGGGUUUAACAAAAUUACAUAAUAUAUUUGCAUGACUUCGGUACAACAAAUUACCGGCAUAUUUUUGACUAUCUGGCAACUCACCUUGACAGUACGGUACUCUGAGUUGCCAUUCGCCUCUUUUUUUCAGUUUCAUCGCUAAAUGCUUAUAUUUACAUGAUUCGUAUUUAUAUUUAUGAAACAUGGGUACAGUAUAUUCUAUUAUUUAUUUAUUUAUUGAGAUGUGCUGUCGUUAUUAUUAUUUCAUUUAGUUGUUAUUUAUUCAUUUAUU